AUGAUGCAUGAAUACACCGCAUGCUGCUACAGUUUUAAGAUUGCCCAGGAGGAGCCAGAUCUACCAUGGAGAUGAAGAGCAGCUGGCAGAAGUGGAUCCACCCAUGAUAGACAUGACCUAGCACUACCCUCAGCGUGCCUUGGCUCUAUGCCGCGACAUCAGGGCGGUAGAAUGGCGGUAGAACACCAGGCCAUCUCCCUGUCUGCAUCACAGCCUCUGCCCCAACCAUUAACUCAGACACGCCAAAUGAUGACUUCAGAUGUUGUGUUGUGUACAGCCUGGUUAUCGUACUCUUUGGAUCGCGUCUUCUCUCACUGUAUGUACCUGAGCGUUAUGAGAAACUGGGAGAGGCAGUUAACUGGGGAGAAAGUUCACAAGAGGGUAGUUUCCUCUCUCCAGGGGGCAGAGAGCGGCAAGAGAUAUCAGAUGCUAUUGGUAAUCCGCCUUGCCAUUCUGGAUGGGAGGAGGGGCAAAGCAAAGCACUUUAAAAGAGAAUGAGGAAGCGGACCUGUGAUAUCAUUGUGCAGUAGCUUUCAGAUAAAGUCAAUUACUUCUCCAGCCACCUCCAAGAUAGAAGGAAGAGCACCCUGCGGUGAAAGGAGGAGGACAGCAAUGAAGGGGCUCCAGCUGUUCAUUUGUAGCACAGUUCUGGUGACUUCUUAUGCCCUCACUGUGGAAACACCUAUCAAGAAUGUAGAGGUGGCACGAGGGAAGAAUGCUACUCUCCAUUGUAAUUUUCAUACUAGUAUUUCCACCCACCCAGGAGAUUUUGUUGUCUGGAAGAAAAUCAUUAGCGCGGAUGAUGCUGUCACUAGGUACUUUGAUGGGCUUGUACAGUAUGGCAAGGGCUAUGAGAACCGAAUACAGUUUACCGGUGAUGUCAACAGCGGAGACAUCAGCAUCACCAUCCAGGAAGUAACCAUGGAAGACAACGGGACAUAUGUAUGCAGUGUUCGUCUACGGGAGGACCCCCCACGGCAGUCUGCACUCACCAGUCUUUUUGUCCUCAUUGCACCAUCCAAGCCGGAAUGCAAGAUUGUGGGCACAGCAGAAUAUGGACAGAACAUCAAUCUAACCUGCUUUUCUCAUGAAGGCUCCCCAAAACCCACGUAUACCUGGCAAAGCUUCAACGUACAAAAUGAGCCCCGCGUACUACCAACAACAAACGGGGAGCAAAUAACUCUGAAGAACAUCUCGGCAGACACCUCCGGCUUUUACAUCUGCACUUCAACCAACAGUGUGGGAAAGGAAUUCUGCAACAUGACAGUCAGCGUUGUCCCACCAUCCAUGAACAUCGCCCUUUACGCAGGCAUCGCUGGGGGAGUUCUUGCUGCAGUCAUAGUUAUUGGUAUUCUAGCCUACUGCUGCUGCUGUCGAGAGAACAAGGACUACGAAGAGACGGCAAGAGAAGAUGAAGAUGAACGCGUGCAGAACAUACCUAUGGACACUCAGAGAGCAACACAUGCUGCUGAAGACGCAUGAAGCAGGAAGCCAAUGCCAUCUUCAGGUUUUGCUGAGAAACAGACACCACUGUAAGAAAAGAAAGCCUCAAAGAGAAGAAAUACCUAUCUCUUGCCACAAGAAGUAUUUAGAAUAACCAAGUAGAA